GCGAGGUGGGGGAAGCCGGAUCUGCACGCCCCGAGCACGAGCACGCGACUCCGUCGUCCGCCUCGCAACCCCGAGUUCGCGAAUUCCAAAUUCCUACCACUCCUCCUGUCCCAGUUCCAUGCCGCCCAACAAAACCCUAGGCUGAACCCUCCGCCCGCGCCAUGGCGGAGCCGGCGCUGCUGGAUCCCUCCUCCCACUUUGACCUCCGCCACUACCCGCCCCACCUCUUCGACCCGGACCUCCACCUCGCGGAAGCUGGCCUCCCGCUCGGGACCUUCGCCGGUUGCGGCGACGACGACCUCGACUUCGACCUGCCGGCAGAUUUCUCCGUCGACGACUUCCUCCUCCGCUCCCCCGAGCGCAGCGACGACUCCGCCGAGGCCUCCGCCGCCGGAUCCGGCCCCACCGCCUCCCCCUCGCCCUCCCCCACCGCCUCCGGCAGCGGCUCCGCCGUCGCCGACGCCAGCUGCGAGGUCAAGCACGAGGACUCGGACUCGGGCCGAAGCGGCGCCGGCAACGCCGCCCCGAACUGGACCCUCAAGCGGAAGCAGCCGAGCCCCGCCGCGACAUCGGACGCGGCCAAGUGCCGCCGCCGAUCCGGAGAGGGCGACGGCUCGGUCUCCCCCUCCGCGUCCGCCUCCGCCUCCGCCUCGCGCGCCGCCGCGGCGGACUCCGACGACGGGGUCCCCGGCGCCGGGGGCGACACCAGGCGCGCCGCGCGGCUGAUCCGGAACCGCGAGAGCGCGCAGCUCUCGCGCCAGCGGAAGAAGCGCUACGUCGAGGAGCUGGAGGACAAGGUCAAGUCCAUGGCCUCCCUCAUCAACGACCUCAACUCCAGGAUCUCCUUCGUCGUCGCCGAGAACGCCACGCUGCGGCAGCAGCUCGGCGGCCCUCCGCCCGGGGUGUACCCACCCCCUGGAGCAGCGAUGCAUUUCCCGUGGGUGCCCGGGUACGCGCUGCGGCCGCACGGCUCCCAUGUGCCCCUGGUGCCGAUCCCCCGGCUAAAACCGCCGCCGCAGCAGCAGCAGCCAUCGGCCACAACCAAGGUUACCAAAAAGUCAGACACCAAAAAAACCGCAGAUACCAAGAGCAGAACCAAGACCAAGACCAAGAAGGUGGCGAGCGUUAGCCUCAUCGGUCUGAUGUUCGUCAUGCUCAUCUUCGGCGCCUUCGUUCCGGGGUUCAACCACAGUUUCGGAAUGAGGGGGAGGAGCGACGGUGCGGUGCUUGGGGGUUUUGAUCAGCCUCUUCGUGAUAGGGUAGUCACCGUCACUAGCCAUGGCAAUAAAGUACCUAAGGACGGUUUGAAGAAUGGUGACAUGUCCGGUGCCGAUUCUGGGACGAGGAUGGGGGCUGAUGACAUCGCCGAGCAGAAGCAUGGCCCUGCGGUUAACGCGAGUGAGACGCUGCCUGCUUUGCUGUAUGUGCCGAGGAAUGGGAAGCAUGUCAAGAUCAACGGCAAUCUGAUUAUUCAUUCCGUGCUUGCGAGCGAGAAGGCGGUGGCACACAGGACUUCAAAACAGAAAAGUGAUCUCUCGGGUAUAGAUCACAAGGAGAAAAGUAUAUCCGUAGCUCAUCAUCUGUCACUGCCUGGAAACAAUAUGAAUCCACAGGAGAAAUCCCCGGUAGAUGGACCAUUGCCGCAGUGGUUCCGUGAAGGAAUGGCAGGGCCUAUCUUAAAUUCUGGAAUGUGCAGCGAGGUAUUUCAGUUUGACAUUUCCACUGCUUCUACCAACUCUGGUGGCAUAAUACCUUCUCCAGCUGUGAACUCCUCAAGUUUUAAUGCUACUCAGAAUAUUUCAACACCAGCUCCCGCUUAUUAUGGCAAGCUGAAAAAUAGGAGGAUCAUGUACAAUGAGGCAAUUCCACUCCCUGGGAAAACGGUGAACAACACAGAGCCUUUUAACAGAACUUCUGAAAGCAGCAAGUUACCUGAUAAAAAGCCAGCAUCAUCCGUAGUCGUUUCUGUGCUAGCUGAUCCCAGAGAGGCCGGUGAUGGAGACAGUGAUCCGAGGAUGUCCCCGAAGUCGCUCUCCAGGAUAUUUGUUGUUGUUCUCCUUGAUGGUGUCAGAUAUGUCACAUAUUCCUGCACCCUUCCUUUCAAGAGCUCCAGUCCUCAUCUUGUGAACUAACCUAUAAAGUGGACUGGUGCGGAUUAUGAUGCUGGAGCGGCUGGGUUGUCUCUGGCGGCUGAUAGGUUAAUAAUUAUCUGAGGCUGUUUUCUAACAGGAGUGAACUUUCUAUACACUUGGCCUGAGGUAAUUCAAGUUUGUCGAAGGUUUGAAGUGUUGUUAGUGAGAUGUGGUUCUGCAAGUUUAGAUGACUGAGUGCAGUUUGUGCUGCUGUGAUAAUCGGGCUCUUGUGCUGUACUCUAACCUUUAGUGUUAUUAUGAUGUAAUACUGUUCGAGGAACUUGUGAAGACAAAAUAUAUACAUGUAGUUUCUUAAAAUCUUA